AUGCUGGACCCAGUCUGGGCGUCUCGCGACGCUCGCCGUUCCCACUUUCACGAAUCUGACUCGCAAUCCCAUCAUGACACGUGUCGCACAUCGGGAACUCGCCUGAGACGGAUGGCGGAAGAAGAGGAAGACACACCGGAGAUUUUUAUCGACCGCGAUCCGAAAACGUUCGGCGUGCUCCUGAAUUUCCUGCGGUCCGGUGUUCUUAAUAUUCCGUCUGGGGUUACCGUUGAUGCGGUUCUUAGCGACGCGGACUAUCUCGGCCUGCUGGACGCCGUUAAGGCAGCGCUCCUGCCGCCUGCUCUGGACGCGAAUGAAAUGCAUAGGACGUCCGUUCUUCGCCCCAACGUGGGCCCUGCUGACGUGUGCACGGCCCUGGCCGCGCAUGAAGACGGCUCUGUUGACGUGGCACAUGGCGCCCGGGUGACGUGUUAUGACUGGAUGCUACGUCACACCGCCACCAUUAUCACCGACCUUCCCCAGGUGGACACCAUUUGUCGGCUGUCAGAGUCUCGGAUCAUCGUGGGGGGCGGCAAGGGCUGUUACCAUCUGCCCAUCUACGACACACGUGGCUAUGACAAUACAUUGAGCACACUGAGCAAAUUUGACGAAGAUAAUUUCACGCCGGCCUUUCCUUCCUCCUAUGGCUCCUCCCAUCCCGCCUACCCCUCGCACUCCCCUUACUCCUCCCCCUACUACUCUUCCCGCUCCAAUUCCCAGACCACUUACGGUUCUCCUGCCACCCUCCCAUCCCUCUCCCCCUCCUCUCUGUCCACCUACACUCCCUCUCCCUUGACCCUCAACCAACCACCCCCCUCCUCCUCCAUCUCCCCAAUCAUCCUCCCCCAAUCCGCCUCCCACUACCCAACCCCCACCACCAACCCCCUCUACUCUCCCCCUCUCCAUCCAUCCCUCCUCCCUCCCUCCUCCGCGUUCCCCUCCCCCUACUCCCCAUUCCCUCCAACCUGCAAAAUCGGCUCAGUGGCUCUCAGAGGGGCCUCCCACCCAUCUUUCCGCUCCAUAGUUCAAUCAGACCGCUUCUUAUUCGUGGCAAGCUUGAGAAAGACUCUUGGGGUGGAGUGGGGGGUGGGGAAGGCGGUGGGGGUGGUGGAUCGGGGCACGCUGCAGAGCGUGGGUGAGGCAGGACCGGCACCUAUCACCACUAGACGGAUGGGCGGCCCCGACAAGCUCCAGUGGCUGCCUUCCCGGAACCUUCUCAUGGUCCGUUGCAACCAGCUGGUGUGGGACUGGCUUGAAUUCCACGUUGUGCCCUCUCGUCCCUCGUACUUCACCGUUUCCCAUGCUCUUACACUCCCAAUGUUCACAGCUGGCAUCCAGGGGGGCAGUGAGGGGCCCGCACCUCUCCUUGCUCCUCAAGGCCUCCCCUUCCGCCCCCGAUUCCUCUUCCCGCCUCUCUGCUUUCGACCUGAGGAAGCUGCCGCUGCCUGGGACAGCGGGAGUGGUGUUAGCACUGCAGCAGCAGCAGCAGCAGGAGCAGGAGGAGCAGGUGGAGCAGCAGGAGGAGCCGGUUUAGGGUUCUCUAUCACAGGCGCACCCACAGACCCCUCAACAAGCAGCAGCAGUAGAGGCUUUGGAAAUAUCUACCGACCAGCAGCAGUAUCAGGGCCUGUGCCAGUAGCAGGAGGGCCGGUUCCCUCCAUAGGCCAGGACAGCUGGACCGUCAUGCAAUGGCAAUCCCCUGACUCGCUGCGAAUCGGAGGAACCAGCACGCAAAGAGACUCGGGCAGGGUGGAAACGAGCACGAUUCGCCUGCUCGUCGUCCCGGGCAGGUCGCAAACUGUUUGCAACCGCUGCCCGUCGCUGGAAGUGUGGACUCCGGUCAGCAAUCCGUUUGUUCCUGUUGCCACGGGCAGGCUAGGCAGAUGGGCAUCAAUGGAUGAAGAAAAGUUUCGAGGGGCUCUAUCCGUAGGGGGGGGACAGGGUGGGAUAGGGGGAAUCGGGGGAAUGGGGGGAUUUGGAGGGGCGGGAGGAGGGGGUGGAGGAGGAAGUGGGGAUGAUGCGUGGGGAGGGUACCCCAGAGGGGCUUUAACUCCUGGUUCGCUCACUGCUGCGGCUGCAAGGGGGUUUGAACCGCCGCCUGUAGAUGCUACAGGAGCGCGUUAUACAGGGGAUGAAGUGGCUGCUGGUGUUGAUUCUUUGAGUUCUGCUGCUGCUGCUGCUGCUGCUGCCACUGGUGCUGGUUCUUCUGGUGGUAGUAGCAAUGGAAAUAGCACUGCUGCUGCUGCUGCUGCUGCUGCUGCUGCUGCUGCUGCUGCUGCUGCUGCUGCUGCCGCUCCUCCUCCCACAAGGUUCGAUCCAUACUCCUUCCGUAAAACCUAUGGGGACACCAUGGGUGAAUAUCAAAGGCGACGGGUAAACUUUGAAGCGCCCCCCGAUCACUGGGUGUACGACAUGGCCUUUGGCGGGAACCGGCUGUUUCUGGCUCGGGACGACCAGCGGCCGGGAGGUUCGGGGCUAGGAGAGAAAGGGGAUAAGGAGGGGAAGAGUGGGGGAGGGUGGGAUGAGGAAAGGGGAAGAUGA